UCUACAACACCCCUUUCAAUUCUUACUAAUUUGCUAACCUAUCCUCUUCUCCCUCUUUCUUCCUAAGGAUAUUAGGGUUUAUCGCGCACCCUCUUUCUCUCUCAAAAAAUACCCCGACCCCUCUCGAUGCAGAUGGAUCCAACAAAGAAACGCAAGCUCGAAGAAAACGGCAUCGUAUCAUCCACCACCGACCUAGACUCUCCUUACAAACUAACCCCUCAAGACGCCCGCAAGAUGAUGGAACGCUUCACGCCUGACCAGCUCCUUGAUAUUCUUCAAAGCGCCGUCGUACGCCACCCAGACAUCCUUGAUGCCGUCCGAUCCAUAGCAGACCCCGACGCCACGCAACGGAAGCUCUUUAUCCGCGGCCUUGGCUGGGAAACCACAACGGAAAAUCUCAGAAAUCUGUUCUCUACUUACGGCGAAUUAGAAGAAGCGGUUGUAAUCCUUGAUAAAAACACCGGAAAGUCGAAAGGGUACGGUUUUGUUAUCUAUAAGCAUGUCGAUGGUGCGUUAUUGGCUUUGAAAGAGCCCAGUAAGAAAAUUGAUGGGCGCGUGACUGUCACGCAACUAGCGAUAGCGGGAAAUUCAGGUGCCAAUAAUAACAAUAAUUCUUCCGCCAAUCCUGGUGUUGUUGAUGUUGCAAUGCGGAAGAUCUAUGUAGCGAAUGUGCCGUAUGAAAUGCCGUCGGAUAAGUUGUUGAAUCAUUUUGCGCAGUAUGGGGAGAUUGAGGAGGGUCCGUUAGGUUUUGAUAAGCAGACGGGGAAAUCGAAAGGCUUUGCGCUUUUUGUUUAUAAGACGGCAGAAGGAGCGCAGGCUGCUUUAUUAGAGCCGGUGAAGAUGAUUGAAGGGAGGCAGUUGAAUUGUAAGUUAGCAAUUGAUGGGAAAAGAGGGAGGCAGCCUGGCGGCGGGCAAGGACCAGGGCAAGAUGGAUUGCAAGGACAGGUGCAGGGUGGGAAUGUUCAUGGAGAUGGUGGAAUGGGGAUGGUGCUGCAGACAGGGUAUGGCGCGCCAGGUGGAUAUGGUUCUUAUGGUGGUGCGUUUUCGAGUGGCGUGCCUCCAUUGGGUGGUCAUCAGCAGCAGCACCAUCAUCCUGCUGCUCCUUUGAAUGCUUCACUGGGUGGGCCUGGGUUGGGGUCUCAGGGGGUAGGUGGUUUGAGUGGUACUGGGGGUGGUAGUUAUGGCCCACCUUAUGGUGGGUAUGGUGGACCAGGUUCUACAGGAUAUGGUGGAUUGGGUGGUGGUGGUGCCGGUGUCGGUGCUUCUGUUGGUGCGUCUUCAUCGUUUAGGUUGCCACCAAGCUCAGUUGGAAUGCCUACUGGUGGAUAUCCAGAUCCUGGGCAGUAUAGCUUGUCAUCAUCAAAUACUUCAUUUCCAAGUCAGCAUCAGGGAGCAUCCCCUGCACCAAGGGUUCCAUCUGGGGGAAUGUAUCCAAAUUUGCCACCUUACUAUUGAGGCAUUUGCAUGCAUGCUUAUGCAUUUGUGUUGCUUGCUUGAAGAGAACGCAACUUAGUUUUGCUGUAUUGAACAUGAGAUGUUGCAUUUGAUUGUUCUUCAUCAGAGCUACUUAGUGGUUAAUCAUUCCCUUUUGCUGUUGGAGAUUGACUUGUUAAUUUACUGUCAUUGCCAGAAUAAUGUGCACUAGAUUUCAUGGAACUUGUCCUUCGAAGAGAAGUUUUACAAAUUGGUUAAAGUGGCUGGCAUCAUGGUUUCUGUUUACUUUUUUCCAUAGGAUAUAUCCUUCUAUCCGUCAGUUCAUGUCGUAGUUUGUGUACCUUAGACUAUUUAGCUUCUAUUGGAUGUUGCCAGCUCAUCCUCGAUUCUUCUCGUGCCUUUAUCGGAACCUAGGAUAUCAUAGUUGUGUGUUUUUUUGGGUGGAUGUCUUCUAGCUGCAUUUAUAAUAACCAAAUCUCCUUAAACAUAAUUAUUUUAGGUGUAAAAACAUGGUGUACUUGAUUUUUUUUUCAUUUCUACUUAAAUCCUAUAUUCUUUGUGGAUUUUAGAUAAGAUUGAAAUUACAGCCCUGGGUUUUUCGACUUGUGGAUUUUAUCCUAUAUGUGAAUUAUCUUUU